UUCGACCAGAAAUGUCGUAUUCUGAAUCAUGCAAACUGGUCCUGCUUGGUGACGCUACAGCACCCGCUGUCAAAGCCCAUUGACCCCUACACGGGUCUCAGUCCGACUGGUGAGGUUCUGGACUCGACACCGAAUUUGGACUCCAAACGUGCUUACCGUGUGGCUAUAUAUCAGGAGGAGGAGGGGAAGGCCGGUGAGCAGCCGGCCGCAGGUCCUCGCCGUUCAGCCACUCCUGCCGCAGCAGUUGGCCGCAACUACAGCGUCGUCUCUAAGCCCAUCCAGAUUCCCAGCGUGAAGCCGGACCCAAAGAAACCCAAUCCCAAGUUUGAAUUAGCUCAGGAAUUGAUCCCCGAUUUCGCGCGAUUUGUAAGCAAACUUCGUGCAUAUAAAGAUAUGUUUAACUUGAUCGCGCAAACCAAAGCGUACUUUUCAGGCCUACGCUAG